UAAGUAAGAGAUUGCUUUGAGAGAUCGACCCUAAAAGGUCAUAUGGCUCUCUCAGGAAAAUAAUAAAUUUACGGUUAUUUGCCCUAAAACAAAACUAAUUUACAGUUUUUUCGAGUAAUACAGUUUCCAUUUUAUCCACAGCCUCCAUUAUCCACGUGUUUCAACUACUACUUCUUCUCCUUCUUGUAAUAACCCCAGCUUAAACCUUACCUCCUCCUCCGCCAUCCUCCGACCUCCACCGUCCUCUGCCACUUCACCGUUCUUCACUCCGGCACCGUUCAGAUAAUCCACUACCACACACCAGCGCAUGUGGAAUUGACCAAAAUGUCCCUCUCAUACCACUCCUUCUCCCCAGUUCUCACCCCACUUCCCUCUUCUCACCAUCUCCUAUUUCCGUCCAAAUUCCAAAACUCCGACAAGUUCUCCGCCGUCCACCGCCGUCUUCUGUUAACGGUCGCCGUUAGAGCUAAACCGAAAGACCUUAUCUUAGGUAACCCAACCGUUACCGUUGAGAAAGGGAAAUACACCUACGACGUCGAAACUCUAAUCAACAAACUCUCUAGCCUCCCGCCACGUGGCAGCAUUGCGCGGUGUUUGGACACUUUCAAAAACAAGCUUUCGCUUUCCGAUUUUUCGUUAGUGUUCAAGGAAUUUGCGGCUCGCGGGGACUGGCAACGUUCGCUUAGACUGUUCAAGUAUAUGCAGCGGCAGAUAUGGUGUAAGCCGAAUGAGCAUAUUUAUACUUUAAUUAUUGGAAUUUUGGGUCGUGAAGGUCUUCUUGAUAAAGCAUUUGAGAUAUUCGAUGAAAUGCCUACUCAUAGUGUAGCACGAACGGUGUUAUCAUACACUGCUAUUAUCAAUGCUUAUGGUCGAAAUGGGCAAUUUGAAACUUCGAUGCAAUUGCUUGAGCAAAUGAAGCAAGAAAAGAUAGUUCCUAGUAUUUUGACGUAUAAUACAGUUAUUAAUUCGUGUGCUCGAGGUGGGUAUGAAUGGGAGGGUUUGUUAGGUUUAUUUGCUGAAAUGCGGCAUGAGGGUAUUCAGCCUGAUUUAGUUACGUACAAUACAUUGUUAAGUGCUUGUUCAAGUAGAGGGUUGGAAGAUGAAGCGGAGAUGGUUUUUAGGACGAUGAAUGAGGCUGGGGUUUUGCCUGAUGUAACUACGUAUAGUUAUUUGGUGGAGACUUUUGGGAAACUGGGGAAAUUGGGGAAGGUGUCGGAAUUGCUUAUGGAAAUGGAGGCUGGGGGUACAUCGCCUGAGGUUAGCUCGUAUAAUGUUUUAUUGGAGGCUUAUGCGCAUUUGGGGUCUAUGAAAGAGGCGAUGGAUGUGUUUAGGCAAAUGCAGGCAGCUGGAUGUGUGGCUAAUGCUGAGACUUAUAGUAUUUUGUUGAAUUUAUAUGGGAAAAAUGGGAGAUAUGAUCAGGUUAGGGAACUUUUCCUUGAGAUGAAAACGAGUAAUACAGAGCCGGAUGCGGAUACAUACAAUAUUCUCAUCCAGGUCUUUGGUGAAGGUGGUUACUUUAAGGAGGUCGUAACAUUGUUCCAUGAUAUGGUUGAAGAGAAGGUAGAACCUAAUAUGGAGACUUACGAAGGGUUGAUAUAUGCCUGCGGAAAGGGAGGGCUUCACGAAGAUGCAAAAAGGAUUCUGCUACGUAUGAAUGGACAGGGUAUGGUGCCUAGCUCUAAAGUAUAUACUUCUGUGAUUGAAGCUUAUGGACAGGCAGCGCUGUAUGAGGAGGCAGUUGUCGCAUUUAAUACCAUGAAUGAGGUAGGAAGCAGACCAAUGGUGGAAACUUUCAAUUCUCUGAUCCAUGCAUUUGCUAAAGGGGGACUUUACAAAGAAUCUGAAGCCAUAUGGUUUAGAAUGGGUGAGGUUGGAGUUCCCCGGAACAGGGAUUCUUUCAACGGUAUGAUUGAAGGGUAUAGACAGGGAGGUCAGUUUGAAGAAGCUAUAAAAACUUAUGUUGAGAUGGAAAAGGCAAGAUGUGAUCCAGAUGAGCGGACACUUGAAGCAGUUUUGAGUGUUUACUGCCUUGCAGGCUUAGUUGAUGAAAGCGAGGAGCAGUUUCAGGAAAUUAAAUCACUGGGUAUUCAGCCUAGCAUCAUUUGCUGUUGUAUGAUGCUGGCAAUUUACGGAAAAAGUGAGAGGUGGGAUAUGGCCCGUGAAUUAUUGAAUGACGUGAUGACAAACAAGACAUCAGAUAUGCACCAAAUUAUUGGACAAAUGAUUCACGGGGAUUUGGACGAUGAAAAUAAUUGGCAGAUGGUUGAGUAUGUCUUUGACAAACUCAAGUCAGAAGGAUGUGGUUUGAGCAUGAGGUUCUACAACACUCUUAUAGAAGCACUUUGGUGGUUAGGCCAGAAGGAAAGGGCUGCAAGAGUGCUGAAUGAAGCAACAAAAAGGGGCUUAUUCCCCGAACUGUUUCGAAGAAACAAACUUUUGUGGUCUGUGGAUGUUCAUAGGAUGUGGCCAGGUGGUGCAUGCACUGCAAUAUCGGUUUGGCUCAACGAUAUGGAAGAGUUUUUUCAUAACGGCGAGGAGCUUCCUCAACUGGCUUCUGUUGUAGUCGUACGAGGUCAGACGGAGAAGAGUUCAAUAACUAGGGACUUACCAGUUGCUAAGGCUGCAUAUUCUUUUCUAAAGGAUACUGUUUCAUCAUCAUUCAGUUUCCCUGGGUGGAACAAGGGACGGAUAGUCUGUCAAAAGACUCAGCUCAAACGUUCUUUUUCUAGCUCCGAACCAUCCACGGAAGCUUCAAAAGGUGACAGACUAAUUCCUCUAAGUAACUCUCCCAUUUCUCUUUUGGGAACACAUGCAUCCAAGAGUGAUGCAAAAAGAUCAGAAAGUGUGAAUGCUGAGAGCGAGAGGCGCACAAAAUCAGAUCCACAACUCAUGACAAGCAAUGUUUGAGCAGAUAAGUGAGAUAUUUAAUGCAAUCUGCUUGAGAAGGUUGUUGAGCUUGCAUUGGCUUUUGACCUACUAAACGAGGACACAAAAUUACCUUGCCCAUGCUCUGAUUUUUGAUCUAUCUAUGCCUUGGCAUCACUUCCUUCGACCUCAGCUGCAGAAAACUGUCAAACAGGUGCAAUCCCCUUGUGAAGCUGCUGAGUGAGUGCUAAAAAUUUCAUGUUGUUUUCAAAAUUCUGGCACCCAGCUUGGGGGACAGGGAACGGGGAGUGGAAGAGAUGGAACGCGCUGACUUACACAGCUGUUUUCCGUGCACAUGUAUAUUGAGAGUGUUCAAUGCUAAAAUCGAAAUGAUUCUUCUGAGAAAUUUAUAGGUUGGAUCUAAUUCAUGCUGCUAAUAGCAGAUAUGGCAUUUGUGUCCGUUAAAUUUGCUGUAUUCACAGGAUUGCACAAUAUCAAUAUAGUCAUUAGCAUACUUCUUUCUGGA